GAAUAUUUUCACUGACCCUAACUCCUCCUCCGCAGUUUUCUCUCGACCUAUGCAGGACUUAUCGUUCUUUUGUGUUUCUUUCUCCUCACCAAACGAGCUCCUUCAAAAUAUUCUCCUCGGGCCAACGCAAUCAAAAACAUCCAGCUAAAGAGUAGACGUGGAAGACGAGGAGAGGAAAUUCGGCCACGACGAGCAACUGAAAAAAAAGAAAAUGAGGUGUCCUGCAGACAUCACUAUUAAAGAGCUUCACCCACAGAAGCACGAUCCCCUCCACGUUAAACGGGAGGAGUCGGAGAUGCCGUACAUCAAUCAGGAGGAGGAGCCAGAGACCCCCAGCAUUAAAGAAGAAAAUCAGGAAGAUGAAAUCCCCAACUUUCCAAUGACUGUCAUUGUAAAGAGUGAAGACGACGAAGGUCCAAGCGAAGAGAGCGGAGCAGAGGAACAUUCGAGCGUCAGCUCAUUUCAGCACCCGACAACAAAAAGAUCGCAACCUGACGGUUUGUUAGCGCCGCUCUCGGACAGUGACGUUGUAACGUCACACUCUUCUGAUUUUAACACCGAUGAGGAGGAUGUUGACUCCGAUGCUUCGAAAUCCUUAAAGAAGUCAUCACUGAAAAGAGAUACAAAAGAAUGCGUGGUUGGGAAACCUUUUUCCUGCUCACAUUGCGAUAAAACAUUCACUACCAAGGAAAAGUUGAUCUUACAUACGCAUACACACACUGGAGAAAAGCCUUUUCUCUGCACAUUUUGUGGUAAAGGUUUCACCCAGGAAGGAACUUUAAAAAUACACACAAGAACACACACUGGAGAAAAGCCUUUUGUUUGCACAUUUUGUGGUAAAAGAUUCACUGUUGAGCUUAAUUUAAAGAGGCACACAAAAAUACACACUGGAGAGAAGCCUUUCGUCUGCUCGCUUUGCGGUAAAAGAUUUUUAACGAAGCAUGACUUAACAAAACACACAAGUACGCACACUGGAGAGAAGCCUUUUGUCUGCACAUUUUGCGGUAAAAGAUUCACCGAGAGGGGAAAUUUGAACGUGCACAAAAGAACCCACACUGGAGAGAAGCCUUUCGUCUGCUCUUUUUGUGAAAAACGAUUUUGUACAAAGCAUGAUUUAACAAGACACACAAGAACGCACACUGGAGAAAAGCCUUUUGUCUGCAAAUUUUGUGGUAAAAGAUUCACUGUUGAGCUUAAUUUAAAGAGCCACGCAAUAACACACACUGGAGAGAAGCCUUUUGUCUGCUCUCUUUGCAAUAAAGGAUUUUAUACUAAGCAAGCGUUUGCAAGACACACGAGUAUACACACUGGAGAGAAGCCUUUUAUCUGCACAAUUUGUGGUAAAAGAUUCACAGAGAAGGCAAAUUUAAAUGUCCACAAAAGAACACACACUGGAGAGAAGCCUUUCGUCUGCUCUAUUUGCGAUAAAAAAUUUUCUUCGAAGCAAGGGUUAACAAAACACGCGAGUACACACGCCGGAGAAAAGCCUUUUGUAUGCACAUUUUGUGGUGAAAGAUUCACCGAAAAGAGAGAUUUGAAUAUCCACACAAUAACACACACUGGAGAGAAGCCUUUUGUCUGCACAAUUUGUGGUAAAGGAUUCACCGCGAAGGGAAAUUUCAAUGUACACAAAAGAACACACACUGGAGAGAAGCCUUUUGCCUGCUUUAUUUGUGAUAAAAAAUUUUCUUCGAAGCAAGGGUUAACAAAACACACGAGUACACACCCUGGAGAGAAGCCUUCUGUCGGCACAUUUUGUGGUAAAAGAUUCACCGAAAAGGGAGAUUUAAAUGUACACUCAAUAACAAACACUGGAGAGAAGCCUUUCGCCUGCUCUCUUUGCGAUAAAAGAUUUUGUAGGAAGCAAGAGUUGACAAGACAUGUGCGUACACACCAGGUAAAAGGUUCAUCUGGAACCGAGAAUUAAACAGUUACGCAAGAACGCACACCAAGAAGAAACCUUUCACUUGCACUGUGUGAUGUAAACAAAAAAAAACAACCUCUUAACCUUACUCUCCACGCUGUACAAUUGGGAAUGAUUGGGGAAGUCUUACAUGUACUCUUGUUACCUUUACUUGAGUAACCUUUUGGGGGGGGGGGGGAAUGUAAAAAGACUGUAAAAAGAGUAGUUUUACCAAGCCAUACUGGCUACUUUUGCUUGAGUAGAUUUGUGAAGAAAAAAAUGCUACUCUUUCUCUGCUACUUUGGGCUACACAUGAGCCAUUAUAUUUUUUCUCUUUAUUCUACACAUUAGAUUUUUUUUUCCCAGCCAUGCCAAGAGUAGCACUGCCAAUUUCACCAAUGAGACGUGGCAGCAAUUAUCACAUGACUCAAUAAUACUAUUCAGAGGCAAGCUUGCCGUUCUUUGAUCACGCCAGCCUGUUCAAUCUCAAAUGUUCAAUCAAAGCGUCUUUGGAGCACCGUAAAAAAUGAAGUAUUUGACAUAGAGCGCUGCCCUCAAAAGUGCUGGAUUUCAACCUCUCUCCCAGUUUUUAUUUGGUGCCAACUGACCACAGAAAACCAGAGAUAUUAUCCUUUUAAUUUCAUCAUUCAAACUCGGAACUAUUUUCUCCACUUUCAAUUUUGUUUCCCUUUAUUUAUGAUUCUUUGGCUUCAUCCGGUUAUGUAAUCGGGUAUAGUGCAUAAUGAUAGUUCACAUAGAUAACCUUGUGGUGAGAAAAAAAGUUUGAAAAAAAUCAGAACACGCAAAGUUACUCCUGACUUGAGUACUCUGUUCACCAAAUACUAUUUUACUUGAACUCCAGUACAAUUUUUUUAAUGACUACUUUUUCUUGAGUAACAUUAUUUUGAAGUGUUGCAUUCUCAUGAGUAAAAUUUUUGGCUCCUCUACCCACCUCUGCCAGCGGCCCCUUGAUUUCUGUGGGCUAUAACAUCUGUUGUACUCAUGAUGAGACGUCAUUUUGGCCAGUUUGUUGAGGAAUAGUAGCUCUUUCAUUCAACACCAGAUGGCUGCACUGUCGCAUGGUAACGGGGUUUUCCUGAGCUGACUUGAAGUUAGUUGAUGUUCGCAUCAGUGGCCGCCAUCUUGCAUCGGCAAGGUUUCAUAGCACGUCUGUGAUGGAAUAAUCAAUUUUUCUAACAAUGACAUCGACAAAUUGGCAUCACAAUGACAAGGCCGGGGUAGAAGGGGUGUAGAACACCAGUAUAGGAGCAUCCAGAAAAUGUUUUGUUUUUUCACAUUUCAUGACAAUGUGAAAUAAUUGUUUACAAAAUAUUGUCAAAAAGUGCCAUUUUUGGAAUGUAAAUUUCUCAAUGUUCAUUUGCUCAACCAUGAUGUGCAAUAUGUCAAAUUAAAGCUGUUAAAUUUACCUGAUCAGUUGUUUUUUCAAUGAUUUGCAGAAUAAAAGUUAACAAAAACAGUAGUAACCCCAACCCCACCCCCCACACACACACACAUCUGAAUGCUAACCCUCAAUUCUGGAUGUACAUUAAAAUUGGGGCUAUAUCAGACAUUUACUUUUUUUUUUUUUAUUUUAAAUAAUGAACAUAUAAGUAACAUAACGUACAGGCCAAAAAUCUGGAUAAACCUCAUUCAAUGCAACACAAAUGAAGGUCCCAACCCCAUUGAUAAAGCAAUAAAUUCCACUAAUCAAACCUGAAAAGGCAUAGCUGCGAAGUCAAAAACCAUUCUAGAAGACACCAUUAAGAGGCUCAUCAAGAGAAUGGCAAGAAAAAGUAAUCGGUGCAUAGGGUGGCUACUUAGAAGAUACAAGAAUAUUUUACGUUUUGAGUUGAUUCACCUGUUUUUUUCUGAGUACAUAGUUCCACACAUGUUCAUUCAUAUUUCUUUUACCUUUAGUGAGAAUUUAAAUGAGGAUUGAUGUGUCUAAUUAAAUGAUGUACAGUAAAUAAAAUAAAUAAGCCUCUUCAACGCUUUCCUUUCUCUUAAAGAGCUGAUCAAUUUUCUGUUGCAUUGUGCUUUUUUAUUUUUAUUUUUAAAAUUUUUUCCAAUCUUCAAAAUACAAAUGACAUCACAAUCUGAUUUCUUUAUUGCAUUUCUUUAGUGUUAAAAGUUCUAGUGUUAAACUACCAAGGGGGAAUCAGUUGAUGCAAAUCACUUUUGUUAACAGAGAAGGGUCAUCUGAUGCUAAUCAGCAUAUCUUCUGUGAGCAUUGAGGUACUCAUUAGUCAUUCACACUCGCAAAACCACAGGGUUGGAUUGCUCCAAUUAGCAUCUUUAGUGUUUGCAGGGCAGUGCUGGCUUUGUCGGACAGUGGACCGCUCAGGCAGGCAAUCGGGCGGA